UGUACUUCUUUAAGCUGCUUGCUUCAAUUCAAAUCAAUUUGCACUUGUUACCUUUAAAAUAUUUUCUUCAUCCAACCAUUAGAUCAUGUAUUAAUGAUUAGUUCAUCACGCCUCUAUUCCUUCUCGCAACUUCACGCGUUUCCUUCGAUUUGCUCCAAAUUUCUUCAAUCUUCACACCAUUUUAUUCCUUUUUUGUAGAAAUAUAAUAUUAAGCACAAUUCAAUAUAAUUAAUACUCAACCGACGAUUAAAAGUACUAAGAUGUGAGGCAACAAUGACUAAAUGUAUGCAUUUUUUGCCGAACAUCACGUACAAAUACAAAUAUUACAAACUGUGGAGAGGAGCACAAAUGAUGUCCUGUGAAGGUAUGUGGUUUCAUACAAUCUGCAACUUGGGCAUUCUCAUAGACCAAAUGUUAAUGGAUUUCUUAUAGCUUUUCAUUAACUGGAGCUAAUCUGUAGAAUAAUAUGCAAAGCUAACUGGCUCUUCCUUUAAUUCCUAUUCAUGGAUAAAAAAUGUUGUUGAAACUUCUUCCAUUUUAAUUUCAUUGUUUUCUGAUAGUGUACAGCAUGAAAAUAAUCCUUUUUUCAGAAACAUAUUCACUGCUGUUGAAGCAAAUAUUCAAUAAUGAAGUUGUUCCUCCUUUAUUAUUGAAUUUACUUGUGCUAGAAGCUAAGAUGUUGCUGGAUGGAAUUGGAAGGCCAAAUCCAAAUUAUGCAGGUGUACAGAUAUCGUCUGCCCAAGCUUGCAAUACAACGGGGACCUUAUCCUAUUUUUGAUUCAUUUGCUCCACUUUCAUCACAAGCAAAAAAAAAAAAAUGGUGGACGUAGAUAGAAUGUGAUCACUCUUAGAAUCUAAUAUGUGGCAUAGAGGGUUCUUUCACGAUUGUAAAUUGAAGCAUGUCUAUUGUACUACAGUUGUAGUUAGGUUCAUCCUUAUCUCUUGUAUUUGCAAUCAAGCAACAAAAUUCUACACCUAAUACUCUAACUUUCCUUAAAAAAUUAACCCGAGAAUCCCUUACCUCAAACAUUUACCAUACAGGGUUAGUUCAAUCUUUUACCAAGUAUAAUUUAUACUAUCCAGAUCUUCCUUUUUUUUUCUUUUUUUUUUCUACUGCAAAGGGUAUUUUCUUAGCUGAAUCUUUUAGUUAGGUUUAGGAACUGAUGACAAUUAUGGCUUCUGAGUUGCAGGCUAAAUUCUUUUGUUCCUAAUUACAUUGCUUGCUUUUGCUGUUCUAGUGGCUCUUAAUUGAAGUCCGGUUUAACUUACAGUCACAUUGAUCAGCUUUCCAUUUCAAAUGUUCCACUCGGAUCACAGAGGUUAGGGAUAUUUUUGGCCCUUUUCCGCAUACUUUAAUAGUGAGUAAUUUUUUACUUUCUGUUGUACUAAGUAGCACCAUGUCAAAUUUUUUGCUCGAUUCUGCGAUGUGGAUUUGAAGCUGUGAAUCUAUUUUCUUUACAAACUCGUUAUUACAUUUAGACCUUGUUUCUAGUAUAGUCAUUUUGGGCUAGGAUAUGCUCUGAUACCAAUUGGUAAUGGAUUAUAACUAAUUAUAAUAGCAAACACAAGUAUCUGAAAGAUUUGAGAAUUUUAUUGAUAAUGUGGGAAUGGUUACAAGUUCUAAGCUAUUACAAUACUCAAAAGUUUGGAACCGUCUUCAAUGGCAGACUACCUGAGAUAGAAAGAGAGAAUAAUGUGAGGAAGAUGAGAAUUAGGUUGAAAAUAGUAGAGAGAGAAUGAAUUUAGGAGAGGAUAGAAAAAUACCAGAAAUCAGUUAAUGUCUUUGCUUCCAGCUGUGUUCGAUAUAACACACUCCAUAACCACCUAAUUAAUUGGAGUCAUUAGCUCUAACUCGAUCUCAACCGUUCAUUUAAGUCCUCACAUGCGCUCAGGUGCUGACUUAAUUGCUGAGCUUGGCCCACAUGUACUCCACCGACUCUUAACCCCUUUAUAAAUCCGGACUAGCUCACUUUCCCAAUUCAUUUUUCAUUCAACCCUAAUCUACUCCAUCGCCACAUAUUCUCCAAUUCAUUUCUAAUUCAACCCUAAUCUACUCCAUCGCCGCUUAUUCAUCAUAGAUCGAUACAUUAGCACGGGCGAUUCCCCACUAGUAUAUUGAAAAAUGGUGAUCUACAUAUGCAAAAAUUGGUAAACCUAUAACUUGCUGACUUCUUUUGUGAAAGUAUAAAAUCCCAGUUCACAUUUUAUGCACAGAGAGCCACACAAAUCAAUCAAUUUUGAGUCAUUUUCAUGUUACACCAAGGAUUAUAAGGCCAGCAGAGAUGCUUCCUCACAUUCCAGAAUCACUCUUACUAAACCGAGGUAGUUGAUUCUUUAGGGUCCACAAUUAUUGUUUCCUACUUCACCCAAAUGGAAACUGAAGCAGAGUAUUCUUUAGGGAUUUUUCAGGACCCAACUGUUUCCAGUGAAACCCAAAUGGAAAAUGCUCAAUCUUCAGCAAUCUUGCCUACCCUUCCAUCUGAACUCAUCAAUGAGAUCCUCCUAAGGCUUCCCGUAAAAACCCUCUUGAGAUUCAGGUCUGUUUCAAAAUCUUGGCUUGCUUUAAUAUCUAGCCCUCAAUUUAUCAACACCCAUCUCAGUUUAUCAGCUAAUAACAAGGAUUACACCCACCACAGGCUUAUCUUAAGUCUUUCUCGACCUAACAAAAAAAAUCUUAACGUCUGUUCAGUUAGGUCUUUACUUAAGGAGUCUGUCGUAGAACCAUGUGGUUUGGAUUGUCCCCUGAAAGACAAAUUUCAGAUUUUGGAUUCAGUCAAUGGGUUGAUUUGUCUUAUGGUUGGGGUAGAAGCAUUUUUUAUAUGGAAUCCAUCUAUCAGGAAGUUCAAGAAAGUUACUGCAGAAGCUGUAGAGAGGUAUGGUCAGAAAGUGUUUGGUUUUGGAUAUGAUGAACUUCAGGAUGAUUAUAAAAUACUGCGUAUGUGUAUGACUACUAGCUAUGAACUUAAGGUCGAACUAUAUAGUUUAAAGAGUGACUCUUGGAGAAUAGUUGAUGAUUUUCCGGCUGGGAGGAGACAAUCUGGUUUGGCUAAGUUGGUCAAUGGGAAGCUUCAUUGGGUUAAUUUUGAUAGUCAUCCUUGGGGUAAUGAGGGGGACAUCAUUUCUUUUGGGGACAUAAUUUCUUUUGAUUUGGCUGAUGAGAAAUGGGGAAAGUUGGAGAAGCCUUGCUAUAGAAAAAGAGAUUUUUGUAAUAAACUUGGAGUGUUGGGAAGUGAUCUUUGCAUGUUUAAUGACUAUGAGAACACUUUCGCGGAUGUGUGGGUUAUGAAGGAAUAUGGGGUCAAAGAGUCUUGGGCAAAAAUAUAUACCAUCAACUUUUCUCAUGAUAUUUCUAAGUAUUGUUGGUCUCCUCUUUUUUGCAAGUCAAAUGAAGGUGAAGUUCUGCUUGUGUAUGGAUCAAGAUUUAUGAUAUACAGUCCAAAGGAUGACUCGAUCAAGUAUCUAGAGCUCGCCAACUUUAAAUUCGGUUUUGAUGCGAACUUCUACGUUGAGAGCCUAGUUUUUCCUUUUGCAAACGAUCCAAGGACACAACAAUGAAGGCGCCAAGCACUCAGAUGAAUCACAAUUUGUAGCUAAUUACUUGUGAGAAUUCAGAAGUCAUUCUAUGCAACAAUAGUGGAGCAGCAAAGUGGAAUUUCAUUUUAUACUUAGUUAUUCUGGGCAGAUUAUACACAAAGGAUAUACUGAUGAAAUGAGGGCUGAUCAGUGAGAUGUUGUGUCCUCUGUGUGAAAAUGUGGGUGAAAGCAUGACCACUUGUUUUUCCUAUGUGACGACUCAAUUGCUGUAUGGGGUAAGCUGCUAGCUUGGCAGGGAUAUAACAGGAGCUGCAGGAGAUGGACAAAAGAGCCUGCAUAGAUGCUGUCAAGUGUCAAAUACCAAUGGUAGGACUGUUGCUCAGGAGAUGUUAAGAAUAGUCCUCUCUUGCUGCCUAUACACCUUGUGGCAAGAGAGGAGCCAGAGUGUGUUCCAACUUAAAAGUCGACCUCAGGAUGUCUAAUCAGGAAGAUCAUAUAGGAUGCUGUUGUUCGUGCCAGUUUGAAGCCUAGACUAGCUAGAAGAGUUCAAGAACAUGAUUCCAACCAUUAGCUUUCUCUUUGUUGCUACUGAUGCAAUAGUAUUAGUUGUUGCCUUUUGAUCACUGAAACUAGGGACUAUAUCCUGGUUUUAGAAUCUUUAUGACUUGUACAGAAUUUCUCAGUUGGUAAAUAAUACAUUUAGUUGCCAAAAAAGACUUGUGAGAGUUCCACUUCAGUUGGUACUGAAACUGAGCUUGUCUAUUUGCUUAAACAAGUUAAGCAGUUCCUAAUGAAAGUAAUGUUUGCUACAUGUUAAAACACAGACUAUGAGUUAGGACAACCCAGCAUGUGGUGCUUCUAAAUCGAUCGUUGCUUUAACUUAUCUUGUCAUGUAUCAGUCGGGUGCUUUGUUAACUGAUAUGUACUAAUGAGCUUUCAGAAAUAUAAUUGUGCAUGUUAUUUUGUGAGCAGUAGUAACUGAUUGAGGUUUGAGGUCAAGGUUUGCCCUGGUAAACGGUUGAACAAGCUUCUCCUUCCUUGAAUGUCUGUUGUAUGUAGUAGUGUCUGCUUGGAGUUGGUCUGAGCUAGAAGUUAUAAUAAUUUCUUGAAGUGGAAGUUUCAUUCCAUUUGUCAUAGAAAAAUAAAAUAAAGCGAAGGGUAUCCAGUAAACAUAGCAAAAAGGAAGGGGGCAAAUUGAGGCUCCACAGAAAUCCAUCUUUUUCCAUUUUUGCAUAAUUCCAUGAAACAACAAUUAGUCGCAAUAACAGUUAUUUGGUGUUACCGUUGAAAAUUGUUACGCUUGCAUAUGAUGGAGCAAAUUGAGGCUCAACAGAAAUCCUUCUUUUUCCGUUUUUGCAUAAUUCCAUGAAACAACAAUUAGUCGCAAUAACAGUUAUUUGGUGUUACCAUUGAAAAUUGUUACGCUUGCAUAUGAUGGAGUAUUCUGGGGCAAAGGCAUCAGUAGCCAAUGAUGUCCAAGACGCCCAAGGAUACAAGUUCCUUUCUACUAGUUCCGGUCAUUCACAGGAAGUUGAUCAAAGUGUGUUCUCACAGAAUGUUCAAAAUGAUUGCAAUGCUAUGGAUGUGAACCAAAGUCAUUUGGAAGUAGAUGGGAAAAACGCUCCUGUUGAAUCGGCUACUUCAAAAGAGUUUCUUCCAUCUCCAUCUGACAAUUAAAGCAUUUUGGUCUCCUUGUCGUCCCGAUAUGUUCGGAAAGGAACUGUCUGUGAAAGAUCUCAUCUCUUUCGGAUUAAAUACUAUGGGAACUUUGAUAAGCCAUUGGGUCAUUUUCUCCAAGCUAUGAUGAUAUCUGACUGGAAAACAUUGAUGCCUUUAGUUGAGUAUAUUUUGCAAUACUCAUUUUGGAACUUUUGCAGCUUCGGGAAGAUGGUUACUUGCUUUCACAAUGCAUCCAUUGAUGUUUACUCAGUAUGCUUUCCUCCCUCAAAACUGGAUUUCGUUGCCUUCCUCACUCAGUGGCCAAAAAAGCAGAGUUGAAUUUGCAAACAUAACUUUCAAGAAGCCUCACAUAUUGUUUCUUGAUGAGCCAUCAGAUCACUUGGUUAGUCAUGACGAGCAUUUAACAUCUGGUACUGUUGAUCAACUCUGGGCCGUCUCUGAGGGCAGGGUGAUGCCUUUCGACAGGACAUUCCAUGAUUACAAGAAACUACUGCAAUCUUCAUAAACAGCUAAUUACAAAGGUUGAUUAUUUCUGAAGUGGACGAACUACUAUUAGUUACUUCAUGGUCUAAAACCCCUACUGUAUAGGCAUGAAAAUGACACUUUUUACUGUAUGCAACAGAUGGAGGCAGAAAAACAGUGAUGCGUUUAAGUUUUUCAAACAAUCCUCAUUUUGCUGUUUUGAUAGAAGUGAUCAUAGUUAGUCAUUUGUCAAUGUGAAUCUUUUUAUCUUUUUAUUUUUCCUUUUAUAAAAACCAGAGACCUAACUUCUAUUUUCAGAUGUGGGGAUUUUCAUUCGACUAUAUGUACC